CGGGCGAUCCGCCGGGCGCGCCUCGUCCCCCGGGCCGCCGACCCCCGGCCCCGGGCUCUCCACCCCUUCUCCUCCUCCUCCUUCUCCUCCUUCUCCUCUCCCCUUUCCCUCACCCUCCCCCUUCCUAGCCGGGCUGCGCCCCCCCGGCCGGCCCCGGCAUGAGCAUCUCCAUCCCGGCGGGGCUGACGGAGCUGCUGCAGGGCUUCACGGUAGAGGUGCUGCGGAGCCAGCCCGGGGACCUGCUGGAGUUUGCCCUCCAGUACUUCGGGCGCCUCAAGGAGGAGGCGGCGACGGCCAAGGAGUCGGCGGAGAAGGAACCGAGCGGCCGCAAAGCUGGCACCGGCCAUGACAGGGGAACUCAGCCGCCGCGCCGGGGCCCCCCCGACGCCCGCGGGGUCAACUUCGCCGAGGAGCCCAUGCAGACCGACUCCGAGAGCGGCGAGGACGAGCAGCCGCCGCCGCCGCCGCCGCCGCAGCAGUUCCCGGCUCCAGCGGUAAACCGAUUCACCAGACGUGCAUCAGUGUGUGCAGAAGCUUACAACCCUGAUGAGGAAGAGGAUGAUGCAGAAUCUAGGAUUAUUCACCCCAAAACAGAUGAUCAGAGGAACAGACUGCAGGAGGCGUGCAAGGACAUCCUUCUUUUUAAGAACCUAGACCCGGAACAGAUGUCUCAGGUGUUAGAUGCAAUGUUUGAAAAGAUGGUUGAAGGAGGGGAACACGUAAUUGAUCAAGGGGAUGAUGGUGACAACUUCUACGUCAUUGACAGAGGUACAUAUGAUAUUUAUGUAAAAUGUGAUGGUGUUGGGAGGUGUGUUGGAACCUAUGAUAACCGAGGAUGUUUUGGUGAGUUGGCCUUAAUGUACAAUACACCCAGAGCAGCUACAAUUAUAGCUACCUCUCCUGGUUCCAUCUGGGGUUUGGAUAGAGUAACAUUCCGAAGAAUCAUUGUUAAAAAUAAUGCAAAAAAGAGAAGAAUGUAUGAAAGUUUUAUUGAGUCAUUGCCAUUCCUUAAAUCUUUAGAAGUAUCUGAGCGUUUAAAAGUGGUUGAUGUGAUUGGUACCAAAGUGUACAAAGAUGGAGAACAAAUCAUUGCUCAGGGUGACUCAGCUGAUUCUUUCUUUAUUGUGGAAUCUGGAGAAGUAAGGAUUAUAAUGACAAGGAAGGGUAAACAGGAUCUAGAAGAGAAUGGAGCAGUAGAAAUAGCUCGAUGCUCAAGAGGACAGUAUUUUGGAGAACUUGCUCUUGUAACUAACAAACCCCGAGCUGCUUCUGCAUUUGCUCUUGGCACUGUCAAAUGUUUAGUUAUGGAUGUGCAGGCAUUCGAAAGGCUUUUGGGACCUUGUAUGGAAAUUCUGAAAAGAAACAUUGCAAACUAUGAAGAGCAGCUAGUUGCUCUGUUUGGAACAAACAUGGACAUUGCUGACACCAGUGCAUGAACUAAACACUGGAGCAACAAGAUCUGUUAUGAGAAUAUAGCACAGUAGUGGUUAGUCCACUGAAAAAUUGUCUCUCUUCCUAUAGAUGCCAAGCAUUUUCUGUGAUUUUAUGAAUGGGAUUGGGUUUUUUUGGUUUGGUUUCCUUUUGGUUGGGUGAUUCUUUUGUUUCUGUUUGUUUUGUUGGGGUUUUUUUGUUGUUGUUUUUUUUUUUCUUUGGAUUAUGACAGUGGAAAUACUAGUAAAGAAAAUAGCAAUUCAAUAAAUUGAGGUCUUGAUUUUUAAAAGUGCUCAGUAUUGAUGGUUCCAUCUGAUAUAAGGACGACAUGUGGUAGCACAGCACCUUUGAAAAUCAAGUCCUUUAACACAGCAUUUCCUAAAGAAUAGAUUUUUUAAAAAAACCCCACAUGUGAUGAACUUGUUAAACCAGCUUCUGUUCUUCAAAAAGGUUACAUCUUUUCUGGAAAGACUGUUAGUUUGAAUGUGAUAUGUUGAAAGUAUUAGUGCACACAAAGUGUUUAUAUGUAUUACUACAGAAGAUAUACAGUAGAUAUUACUUUUUGACUAUUACAGUUGUCAUGAUUUUAUGUUGCAUUUAUCACAGCUGUAGUGAAUCACAAGAUUAAUCAGAAGAUAAAGCAUGACAAUGCGUUUUGUGUAACGCUCAUGACCCAAAUCUGGUUUUUAACAUUUCGUAAUUGUUUUAAAGUCCUCUUUGUUUAAUAUGUCAUGUUUCAGCACGACAUUGUAAUAUCUUAUGCAAUUUAGAGGACUUGCAUAUUUUUGCAAUAAACAGCAUUUUUUAUUAGUUAUAUGAAUUCUGUACAUGAGUGAGGACAGCUGACAAAUUAACCUUAAUGCUUUUAAAGAAAAGGCAUGGGUCAUUGUCAUGUUCUACCUAAUCAUACAUAACCUAUAUUGUUUUCCUUAUCCCUUGUUUUAUAUUUAUGCAUUUUGUUUUCUCUAUUUAUGCUUGUUCUCUAGUUAAUUUUUUUUAGAUCUCACCUUUUUUAUUGUUAAAUCUGUUUCAAGUGAAAUGAUCUCUGUAUAUCUCUCUUCCUGCAGUCUAAUCUUAGCUAUCAAAGGUCAGAGUCAAUUACUGAAGUGAUUGAUAUCAAAAGCCAUGCUAAACUAAGCUUGUCCUUGAAAAUCCUUAACAGGAAGUGCAAAAGUAUUUUUAAUUUGAAAGAUCGGUACUUCCAAAGCUUUGCACACAUCUGUCAUUGUUAAAGCUAACAUGUCUUGCUUUCAAAAACAUGAAAUAAUCAUCAUGAAAUAAUGUGUUCAGCCAUAAUAGCAUGGGAUACCUUCUGAGACUGAGGAGAGAGAAUGUCAUCUUAAUUAUGAGCACAGGGCUCAUUGCCUACCAGGGUCUGUGACUGGAAAUUUCAGGCACGGUCCAAUUUGAGUCCUGCUUACUGACCUGUCUGUUGGUGUUCAUGGACAGCCAGUGUGUGUACUGGUGAUGGGCAGCUCUGCCAAAAUGACACUGCAAGAGUAGUAGGAAGGCUGCUUGUGCCCUGAAUUAUACCAUCUUUACCAAACACCUGAAUUAUACCAUCUUUACCAAACACCUGAAUUAUACCAUCUUUCCUUCUUAGAUAAUGACUUUUCUAAUGCCAUAUAUUUGUGUAUGUUGAUGUAAUCAUUAUGCUACAGUUAGUGAUAUGUUCUGACAAAUAAUAUAAUCAUACAUGUAUAUGAAAUUAUGAUUAUAUAAUAUGAUAACAAUAUAUAAUUUAUAUCAUAUAGUAUGGUAUAAAUUAUAAAUCAGAUUUCUAAAAAAAUACAAUCAGAACAAAAUUUACAAAUGUAAUUUUUUUUUUUACUUAGAAACCUGGUGUGAAUAAUUGCACAUAUGAUAACUUGCCUUUGUACUUUUGAUUUAUGGGAAAAAGAGAAGCCUGUUAUACUAGAAGGAAAUAUCAGGUAACCAAGAUCUACACUCUUGUCAUUCUGUAUGCUUAAUCUCUAAAAGCUACCUAUAUUUUGCACUGGCUUGAUGUGAUUAAGAAAAAUGCUAAAAAUUACUUGUAUGGCAGUAAACUACAAUCAAGGCCAUAAAUGCCAGUCAUGAUAUUUUCAAUAUUGUUGGUUAUAUUUAAAGUUUCCUUACAAUAAACAACACUUUUAUAUAUAAAAAUCUAUGUUUGUUGAUAUUCUUGUUGUCUUUUAAUUCUAUUACCUUAAAGUUACAAGUGACCUAUUUAUGCUCAUUUAUUAAAAAAAAUCAUAAUUCUUAACACUUUCAUGCUGUUUUUCAUAAAUGACAUUAUGUGUAUGCUCUGUCUAUUCAGACAACAUGUUGAUGCAGUAAUUGUCAUAAUUACUUUAUUUGAUGAUUUGCUUGUAGUUUAUAGCUGGGAAAAAGCUGUGGAGUGACAAAUUUAGGAUAAUCAGAGACUCUGGGUUUUCUGAUUCCCAAAACACAGCUUCAUGUUGCAGCAGUUUUAUUGUGUUGCUCUUGGGCACUGGAUGAUUUCUGGAAUUUUCUUUGUUGGUAAAUUCAGGGAGGCUUAACCAAUAGUAAAAUUACCACUUUUAAGUUUUAUGCAAAUCCUUUUAUCCUUCAUCUGUCAGCACUUGGGAUUUCUCCUGGAUCUCUUCAUAUGUACAUUUCAAAUGUGCCAGGCUUCAUGUCAUAAAUGUGGUGAGUGUUAAUCCUAAGAAUGAAACCAUAUCAAGUUACUGACCUUUUUUUACAGACCUUUCAAUAAAAAGUAGACAACUCUAAUAAUUUUAAACAGCACUGUGUUGGGUUUAUCUUAUUAGGCUGUGUCCAUGCUUAAGCUACCUGAUGCUUCUGUUAUUUAAGAUUUUUAUUGAGUUUGUUGGAAAUAUUCCCCACUUAGUGAAGAGAGAAAAUCCUGAGAGAAAUCCUGUAUGAGUGGCAUUCAUGGGUUCAUAUGUUUUACUAACCAGAAGAGAAUCCACAUGACAGCCAAUGGUUUUUAUA